AAUCACUAUAUAUAGCAUGAUAUAACUGCUAAAUGCUUUGUAUAUCACAUAGAAUAAUUAGUCUUUUUUGUAACAAGUCAUGCCAUUUCACAUUUAUUUGCAAUACUUUCUCUAUUUCAUCUCAAUAUUAUCGUAAGAAAAAAAUUAUCACCGGCAAGCCAUAUAGAACGGAAGAAGAAUUGGCUCAAAAGUUUAUUGACCACAAGUUGAUAAAAGUCUAUGCAGGCAAAGGAGGAGAUGGAAGAUCAUCGUUUUUGAGAGAAAAAAAUCGUCCUAUGGGUGGACCUGAUGGUGGAAACGGUGGAAAUGGAGGCAAUGUUGUAUUUGUAGCUGAUUCCAAUAUGAAAUCUUUAGAAAAGUUAUUGCCAUUAUACCAGGCUGAUGACGGAAUAGAUGGCGGAGGAUAUAAUUGCUUUGGAAAGAACGGAAAGGAUAAAUUUGUUAAGUUUCCAGUCGGUACUUAUUUCAGAUGUGAAGAUGGUUCAGUAGUUGAAGACUUGGUGAAACAUGGCGAUGAAUUUGUAGCAGCUUAUGGUGGAUUAGGUGGAAAGGGUAAUAGAUUUUUUGUUACAAAUACUGAAACUGUACCAGAAGAGUGUACUCCUGGCCAGCCAGGAGAUGCUAGAGUUUUUGUUGCGGAAUUACGAACGCUUGCACAUGCAGGAUUAAUAGGCUUUCCGAAUGCUGGAAAAUCCACGCUGCUUCGGAUUUUAACUCGAGCAAGACCGCAGGUUGGCGAUUAUCAGUUCACAACUUUACGGCCUCAUGUCGGGAUUCUUCAUUUUGAAGAUUUUACUCAAAUAGCAAUUGCAGAUAUUCCUGGAAUUAUAGAAGGGGCACACAAGAAUCAAGGUCUCGGAUUAACAUUUCUUCGUCACAUUGAACGAUGUAGAUUUUUUAUAUUUUUAUUAGAUCUGUCAGAACCAGAUCCGUGGCAACACCUUCAGACGCUAAGGAAGGAAUUAUCUGAGUAUGAAAAGGUUUUAUCAGAAAGACCUUCCAUAUAUGUCGCCAAUAAGUUGGAUCUUCCAGAAGCCAAAGAACAUUUGUUAGACUUUACAAACCAAUUUAAAACAGAAUUUGGUGAAGAUAAAAAGUUAGUUUUGCUUUCUGGAAAAUAUGGACAAAAUUUAGAAGAACUGAUACACACUAUUAGAUAUUUUUAUGAUGAAGAUAUAAGGGUAAAUCAAAUGCAUGGAAUGACCUCACCUAUGAGAUGGUGACAAUACACGUGGCAUUUCGGUAUACCGAAUUUGAACGCAUCUGAUAAAACUUUCACAGAAGCUCGAAAAGUUGAUUUUUUAAUCUAACCCAAAUGGGCCAUUGGCAAUGACAAUCCGGUCCGGGAAAAAGAGUGAGAGAUUUAUUAAAGCAAAGUAUCCACUACUAUAAAUAGGAUAGUUAUGUGCAAGAGGAUUGCUGGAUUUCUAGCCGCCGUAGGGUGGUUCACGUAGCCGCUGUUCGGUUAUGGCUUCCUCCACUAUCAAGUCCAUGCUUCCGAAAACAAAUACUUAACCUAUCCUAUAAAUGUAAGCCAAUGAAUAAAAUAAUUUAACAGUAAUCGAUUAAUCGUCUGUUGGUGUGGUCAGUGUGCAAGACCGAUCACUUUGCCUCUCGACCCUUGUGUAUGUGCUGUCUAUGAUUUAUUAAAAGUUCAUCACCUCAAUCUACAAAUGCAUACAUGAACUUUGAAACCUAUUUAUAUAAAACCUUUAGAAGCAAAUAGGUACAUAUGCAGACUUUUUGACAGUUUGGGCUGAUAAUUUCGAGUAACGUUGGUAUCAUAUUGUAAAGAUUUUUCAAUCCUAGACAACUAACUCUGUUGUUCAACAUCAGCAGAGUAAAUUAUGCGCUAACAGUUUUGAUUGAUACAUUAUAGUCUGUAUUCAUGACUGAGUGUUGCAUGUGUAUCAACACGUCUCAAAUCUUUUUUACCUUAAUUGUCCCGAAUUCAUUUGAUUCGUCUUAA